ACCUCGGCGGACGGCGGCUAAACGGCCGGCUGGCGCGCUUGCGCACUGUGGGCGGGUUUGACGCGCCGUCCGAGGCCGAGAUGCGGCAGAUCGUCCCCCGCCAGUCCGCAGUCGCCAGCUACCAACAAACAGCAUGCGCGCGGCUACGCAGGUCGGCCUCCUUUUGGUGGUGGCCCUAGCACUGGCUGCCGCCAGUGACGAAGACACGACGCCGCUAGACUCCUCCACUGGGUCACCAACCAACUCUGUCGACGAGGAAUCUUCUAGCAGCGAAAAUGCUGCUGUGCUCUCAGGUGGCCAGCGCCGCGGCCGCGUCACUUGCUACUUCGAGAGCUGGGCUGUGUACCGGAAGAGGUUACGGUAUGGCAUCGAGGACAUUCCAGGAGAUAUGUGUACACACAUCAUCUAUUCAUUCGUCGGGCUCAACAACGUCACGUGGGAGCUACAAGUACGCGACGAGAAGCUGGACGUGCAAGAUGGUGGCUUUGAGAACUUCACGGCGCUGAAGCAGGAGUUUCCCGGCGUGCGGCUGCAGGUGGCGCUGGGCGGUUGGGCCGAGGGCGGCCACAACUACUCGGCCAUGGUCGGCGACCCCGCCAGGAGGGCCAGCCUCGUGCGCAGCGCCGUCGCUUUCCUGCACAGGUACGGCUUCGACGGCUUCGACGUGGACUGGGAGUACCCGGGCAAUGCGCCACGAGGAGGAGUGCCAGAGGACAAAGACGACUUCCUGUGCUUCAUGCAGGAGCUGCGGGCCGCCUUCGACGCGGAGGGUCUGGGCUGGGAGCUGACCAUGGCGGUGCCACUCACAGAGGACAAACUCCGCGAUGGCUUCCACGUGCUGCAGCUCUGCAGCAUUGUGGACGCAGUCCACGUCAUGGCUUACGACUUACGUGGGGAGUGGAACCACUUUGCUGACGUCCACAGUCCUCUUUAUCGGAGGCCCCACGACACGGGAGCUUACGCCAAAAAAAACACGCACGAUGGCUUACUUCUGUGGGAGCAACUGGGCUGCCCUGCAGACAAGCUGGUUGUUGGGGUGCCAUUCUACGGCCACGCCUACAAACUGUGUGCCAACGUCACCGACUACUCUCCCGGCGCUUGCAUCGUUCCGUGCACCAGAAAUGACGUCUGUGGAAUGAGCUAUUACCAGAUAUGUAAUGAAAUUCAGAAUGUUGGGGAAUGGACUGUGAAAUGGGACAAAUAUGGCAUGGUUCCAUAUGCUUACAAAGGAAGAACAUGGGUAGGCUAUGAGAAUCCCCACAGCCUUCAAAUAAAGAUGAACUUCAUAAAACAUAAAGGCUAUGCAGGUGCUAUGAUGUGGGCUAUAGAUAAAGAUGAUUUUCAAGGGCUAUGUGGUGAACCAAAUCCUCUUCUUAGUGUUCUCCAUAACAACAUGAAGGAAUAUGUGGUUCCAGAAUCAAAGAAAACAAAUGCUAUGGAAUCUGACAUGGUGCUGGAUCUCAACUGCAAAAGGAUACGACAGCAGCCAAAACUUUCACAGAAAGGUUCACCUGAGGUUUCUGAAAGCACUGCGAAUGAAACUCAGGAAGCACUCAGUUUUAAUGCCACAACGGAACGUAAUGAAGAAGUAAACUUGUCCACUACAGCAUAAAAUAGCACGUGUAGUUUCAAAAAACAUGUGCCAACAAAAAAUAUUUACUUAGAAACAGUUUAGCAAUGAUAUCUCUCAAUGAAACUAGACAAUGAUAGCUGAUAAAAAAGUUCUGUUGCCAGUUCUGAAAAAUGUGAAUCAAAUUAAACUUCUAAUUUCACUGUAUUUCAGUGCUUUAAAAUGUCAAUAAAUGAACAUUGUUUCAGUAUAAUGUAUAUAUUAUAAGGACAAUAGCCAUAGUUUUGAGUAUGCAUGUGCAUGUUACGUAAGCCAAAACCAAACAUUUAAAUCAGAUUAUAAAUUAUGAGUAAUUCAGUCCAUUUCACUCACAUUUUAUAAAAUGGAACAAUUCUGAAACAAUGAAAUCAUAUUGAGGUACUUGGUGGAAUCACACUCUUAGAUUUAUAUUUUUUCCCUAUUAUCCUUCAUAUGAGUGUCAAGUUGACACCUUCAUUACAUAUAUAAUUGAUCCUUCUCCUCCAUGUUACCACAAUCACAACAGCCCAAUAAAAAUUUGAUUAAUGAGAAAAACGAGUCAAAUGCUGGUGUAAUCACUGCACAUGUUUGAAGUAGAAUCAAUAACUCUGAUGUGACACAAACACUAAUUACAAAGGUAUCAUCUCAUAUCAGCUAGUUAAUACUAGGGUAGUGUUGUGUACAUGUUGCAAGGCACUUCUUACUGAAACAUAUGGAACUGUAUAGCACAGGUCUUAACAAAGUACUCUAUUGAGGGAUGAAAUGAAGUUCUUCUUAACCCCAUGGAAGACUGGAUACAUAGUCAGAACAGUUCUACUGUCUGUCAACUCUAAGUUUCAACAACGAAAAUUCACGAUUUUUCAGUGCAGGUCAGGAGGUGUUGAGAUCACAGUGUAAUCACUGUUAUCACAUUAAGAGCAACUCUAAGUAUAACUGAUCUGGGAAAAAAGAAGAGAAUGUAUUUUAAUGAUAAUGCCUUAUUCUUCUCAAAGUGUAUUAACAAUGUAUAAAAAGUAUAUAAUAAAAUAGUAUCUCGUA